AUGCCCGCAACACUACAAGUCCACCAACAACCCCGGCCCCAAGUGAUCCACGGCGAGAAGAUGAACCCGCCCAUCGAAAUUCAAGCCAUCAUCCCAUCCAACAGCCCGGGAUUUACGAACAUAGGCAACCUCACGGCUAUGGCGGCUGUGUAUGAUAACAACGACAAUCCGCUUCAAUACCACGAGUAUGAGGGUGUCUGGGGGACUCGUGCACCAGGGGUGCAGACUGUGGGGGGCAAUAAGGUUGUGACGUUUACCUUCCCGGAUUUGAAGAUUGAUCGGUUGGGGACUCUGUAUGUGAGGGUGGCGGUACAUUAUACGGAUGCUCAGGGGAGCGUGGUGUUAUCUUCUGAUGAUAGUUGGAAGUUUAUGGUUGAAUGA